GUAAAUACAAUAGGAGCUAUUCUCUCCUUUUACCUGCCAGUGAUCAUAAUGCUCUGUAUCUACCUAAAGAUUUUCCUUGUGGCACAGAGACAGGCACGCAGCAUCCAGAACACAAAUAUUGAUACUGUUUCACUUUUAAUGUUGGAAUCUCUGAACUGGCUUGCACUCUCCAAUUCAAUGCUCAAUCCUUUUAUUUAUGCUUUCUUUUACAGCUGGUUCAGAUCAGCUUUCAGGAUGAUCAUUUCUGGGAAAAUAUUUAAAG